CAAAUGGAAUCAAAUCAAAGCAAGACUCCAUAAAAAAAAAUGAGACGUAACGAAGAUACAGACGUGGUAGAGACGGAUGCCGAGUCAGGACUCAUCGCCGACUGGGCCGAGUUAACUUACGAGUGCUUAAUCAUCAUCCUCUCUCGACUCACCUUUGAGCACCGAUGGCGCGGUCCCAUGCUCGUGUGCAAAGGUUGGCUUAUCGCCUGCAAGGAUCCAUCUCUCAACACACUAUUCGAUCUGGACACUCAAUUCGACUCGGUCAUUGAAUCACCUCGGUGGUGGACCCCUGAUUUCGAGAGAAAAAUCGAUUCAAUGCUCGUUUCCGUCAUCACUUUUAGUGACGGAUCCCUGACCGAGAUCCGCACCCAGCACUGCUCCGAUCUCUCAGUCACUUUCGCCGCCGAAAGGUGCUCAAAUCUUCAAGUGCUUUCAAUAAAAAGCUGCCGGAAUGUGACUGAUGCAUCAAUGGCUCAAAUUGCUUACAAGUGCGCAAAGCUUAAAGAGCUUGAUAUAAGUUAUUGCUUUGAAAUAUCACACGAAUCUUUGGUUAUGAUGGGUAGAAACUGCCCGAAUCUUAGGGUUUUAAAGCGGAACCAAAUGAAUUGGUUAGAUGCCUCCGAACACGUAGGGAUUGUGCCCGAUAGUUAUUUAAAUACUUGCCCUCAAGAUGGAGAUUGCGAGGCUGGUGCAAUUGGGAAAUACAUGCCCAAUUUGGUGCACCUUGAGUUGAGGUUUUCGAAAAUGUCUGCAAAAGGAUUGGUGUCGAUUUGUGAAGGGUGUUUGAAUCUUGAGUAUUUGGAUUUGUCUGGGUGUGCCAAUUUGACGAGUCGGGAUAUUGUUAAGGCGACUUUGGGGUUGAAGAAUUUGAAGGAGAUUAAGAAACCGAAUUUUUAUAUUCCGAGGUCGGUUUUCCACACUGAAAGAUAUGGACAUUGGAGGUUGUAUGAUGAGCGGUUUCAGACGGAUAUCUUCCGCAUUUGACCAGGUGAAUUGAAUUAAUCAUUAGCUACAUGAGAAAGUAUGUAGCUAAUUUGAUGCAUGUUCUUUUGUUUUCCGUAUUCGGAGGAUGUUCAGUGCAAUUGGUGUUUAGGUAGAUACAUGGCUCUAUGUUGUGCUGUAAAAACUAAAAAGUCAUUUGUGCCCGUCUCUGUUAUGCGUUUGUGAGCUUACUCUGUUUUCUAAAGUUUGGAACCUGGGAAUUGGAGUGAAUCGUUAUUCCUGAAAACCCUAAUUGAUUUGUGUAAUCUCAUUUUAGGAAUACAUGGGAUGGCAUCCUUCUAUUGUGCUGGUUUAUGAAA